ACAGCGCCGAUAAAUAUGUGAACCUAUGUUGUUGCAAGGAGAGCGCCAUUCUUCCUAAUUUUGCUUUUAAUCAAAAACGGAGCGAAAUGGCGUCUGUUGCGGAAGGGGACAGGCCGCUGAAUUGCGCGGACCUGACCGGAGCGGAGAUCGACGCCCUGGUGGCCGAGGGCGUGAGGAAACUGGUCAGGAACCUCUCGGCUCCGGAGUCCAGUCAGCGGGAGCUGCGCAGGAAGGAGCAGCUGGUCGCAAAGCUAUUCGAGGACCACCGCUGGACCUGGACCACUAAUGGCCACGAGGUGAGGCGCAGACUGAACGAUCUGGUGGAACGCUUUCGGGUGGAGGGCAUGGCCUCGUUUGGAAACACGCUCCAGGAGCUGGUCAACAGGCUACUGGCUCGCCCGGAGAUCAAACGUAAUCCCACGCCCGAAGUGGGCUGGGCGAUGCUGGACUUCCUCCUCAUCAUGUCCAACGAGACGGUGCUCGACAUCAGGCGCAACCGGGUGGUGAGAAACCGGAGCCGACUGUCCAUGAUGGCCGACAUUGAGGCGGCCGAGAGGGAGCGGGAGGAACGGGAGGCGGCCAUCGGUCGACCACCCAUCAAUCCCGCCGAAACGGAGGUGGACUGGACAGCGCUGCUGAGCGAGGACUUCCUGGAGCCCCCAGAGGACGAUAGCUCGGAGAGCUUAAGUGACUGGUCGGAUGAUUCGGACUCCGACUCGACGUGCACUUUAAGGCCCGAAGAAAAUGUGGGCACCUCGCGCAGCCCGCAGGACAUGGCCAGUGUAUACGACCAGGCCAUGCAAUUGGCCAUGCCGAAUAAGGGUGGAAGCACCGGCUACCUGCCGCCCGUUCCCGACGAGCCUGGCACCCGGAGCAACGACUUCAGCAUCACCCAGCCGCUGCCACUAAGCCUUCAGAGCUACCAGGGCAGUCACCUGAGAAUGAGUAGAUUGGUUCAGUUGGCGCCCCUUAAACCGCCUGGCAUAGCCACCCAAUACCGUGAAAGUGACCGAAAUACGAACGUGCUGUCGCGGACCAUCCACGCCCACUGGUGGCGCGGUGAUGUUAAGGUGUUCGCCCUGCCCGCGAGCUCGACUCCAAUGGCCAAUUUUGCAGUGAGCUACGUGCAGCUCCUGAACCGCAACGCCCGUGGUUUGUUGGAUCUGCCACUGCCGAAAACCACCACCGAGUCCUGCCUGAUGCGGGAGAUCCUGUUCAUGUUUGUGCGCCCAGCCAGCUGUUGUUUCUUCGAAUUCGAUGAGCCGGCGCGGCGCAUCAGUGUCCGCAGUAAUGUCAGUAUUUGUACUGUGACAGCGGGCACGCUUCGAGGAUUCCUGCAACAUAAUGUGGUGCCAGCGUUGGAGGACAUGAUGGAGCUGCGGCGCAUCAUCGAUACUCAUACGCUGCACUUCGAUGGCAUCCGCACAACGGGUACCCUGGAGUGCUUUGCCUACGGCCUGAGAGAUCUUAUCCAGCCCAUUAGCCAGCGGCUCAUCGCUUACGAGGAGCGAGUCGUUAGCGAUCCCGCUAAGAAUACGCUAGUCAGUUUUAUCAUUGAAUUCAGGGUGCACUUUCGGCAGCUGCGUUUGUUGCGCCACCUGGCCGAGGAUGUCAUCCUGAACAUCGGACCUCCGCACCUGCGCAGCGCCUAUUUGCUAUCCAGACUCUACAACCAUACGAGGCCGCAGGUGCUGCACCAGAAGCUGGCCACUGCCCUGCUGCUGGUCACCCUGAAGCGCUACUGCAACAUCAUCGAUGGCUGGUGGCGCAGAGCCACGCUGGAGGAUCGCCUGAACGAGUUCAUUGUGGAGAGAUGGGUCGAGGAGGAUGCGGACCGGCGUGGCUAUGUGCGCAGGCGUUCUCUGCACUCCGAUGAAAGCUUGGAGGUGGUGGAGAAAUUCAAGCAACUGCACGCGUGCCCCAUCUAUCAGCUGCUGCUGAAGCACGCCCUGGAGUCCGGUGAAACGCAGGACCUGCUGGCCAACGUAAACCUUCUGGGCGAGAUGCUGGCCACCAGCAACGAAAGCCAGCCGCCGUCCCUGCACGAUGAACUCGCCGCCCAGGUCUUUGCCCAGGUGGAAGUUUACUGUGGAGCCGUGCCGGCAGAUGAGGGCGAUGGUCAGGAGGUGGGGGAAGAUCCAGAGCAAGUGGAUGACAAGCUCUUGGUCAGCAAUGUCCAGGGCAUAAGGAAUCUCGAUCUCUUUGCCAUAUUUACCCAACCGGCGCAGCGGCGAAUCGCAGAGCGAAAACGCCUGUGCCAGACAAAAAAGCCACUCCAGCUGGCUAAUAUUCUCAGCCGCCUGGAGCGCUCCACUCCGCUCCAGCUGAAGGCAGAGAUACCAGAGGCACUGCGCGAAAUUCUGCGGAAGAGGCAGUGCUUGGCGAAUGAGUACGCGAUGCGAGCUUAUCGCAAGGAGCUGCAGCUGGGCGAGACUGUGCGAUUCCUGCGGCACACUAUGCUGCUGGAGUCGUACUACCUACUCCUGCCCUACUACACCGCGCUCUUCUCGCGCAUUGAGAACACCGAAAACUGGGCACGGGACUCAGUGCUCAGUUCUAAGCUUGCUCGGGUUCUAAUGCCCCACUACCCGGAACUGGCCGACAACCUCCAUGUGCGGGUCAUAUCCAAGGUGACCUGCAACUCAACCAAGGUCUACGAGGCCCUAGAGGCUCUGGAACUGGUCUACGACAUGCCAGUGGCCAUGCAGGGCAUCCUCGCGGAAAAACAUAUGCAAGGAUACAACUCGGUGUGGCGGCUGAUGCUGAAGAUCAAGUGGGCCGUCUGGAAGCUGGAGAAUCUCGUCUUCCUGCGGCCCCAUAAGGGGGGUAACCCGUACGCACCCCUGGAUCUGCUGGGACUGACGAUUCGCCGCCUGGAGAUCCUGCGCUUUUGGUUGAUCUACCUCAUCAACAGCCUGCACACGCACAUUAUGCAGGCGGUGGCUCAGCAGUUUGAGUUCCAGAUUGCUCAGUGCAAGAACAUCCGACAGCUGAGGAGCCUGCACGACGGCUAUCUGUCGCUGUUGAGGACACACUGCCUGCUAACCGACGAGUUUCGGGACUUUCGCAUCGCCCUCGAGCAGCUCUUCCACCUGGUCUUCGUGCUGGACAUGGAGUGGACCAGCUGCGCCUGCUACCUGGGCCAGAACGAUGCGCUUUGCUUGGACUUCACCCUUUCGGACGACGGCAUCGAUGAUGGCGAGUCGGAGAGGCGGAGCAUGGAGUAUUUGGCCCUCAACCAGGUGGUGGAGAUCGAGUUGGCCUACAUACGGUGCCACCAGACGCUGGCCGAGAUGCUCAACUCGCUGGUGUACAAGCACGACCACGGAUUCCUGACCGCCUUGGAAGUGGCCAUUGGCACGAGUGUGCCGCACUGAAUUCGAAUCUCCUCAAGGAUUUUUUUACGCAUUGCCAUACCAUUCAACCCAUCCAAACAUUCCCACACCCAGCCGAAUAAAAAGAAGCUUAUUUUUGUUGAAA